UGGCUGGCACUUGAGUUUCAGCUUGAAGAGCCUGGGAGACCCUGGCCUGUUCACUCUGGUCCCUGCUGAUGGUGUCCUCACCUGAGAGCUCAUUUCUUCCUCUGAACAUGGCAGAGGAUGGGGGGAAUUUAUUGUGACUAAUUAAAUUCAUUAACUGCUGGUGUCCCCAGCCCCACUGUCUCCAGGUGCUGCCAGUGCCACCGCACCCAGGUGCCCCCACUGCCACGACAGGACUGAGCUGUUUUUGUUCACCACAACCAACCCUCCUUCUCCCCUCGGCAUUUCCCGGCCCCCACAUCCGGCUAUUGUAUCCCCCCCAUCCGGAGGCAGAUCCGGCCCCGGUGCUGACAGGGAGGGACUGGGAUUUUGGGAGGAAGCGGGAAGGAUGGCUGGGGCUGGCAUGGCGGGCGGCUGGGCGACGGCGCUGGGCCUGGGGCUCUGCCUUGCCACUCUGCACCAUGGAGGCUGCCACCCCCCCAGCGCAGCCACGGCACCACAAAUUCUGGCUGUGCUGCGGGACAAUUUCCGCCUGCAGCCGGGGGAUCUGGUGACCACGGCGGGGCAAGCGUUGGAGCUGGACUGUGUCCCCCCCUCGGGGCACCCCGAACCCCGCGUCACCUGGAAGAAAGACGGGGUGACCUUGGACUUGGUGGGUGACAGGUAUGUGGUCACCAAUGGGAAGUUGAGGGUGGCACCAGCGCAACGGAGCGACUCCGGGCUCUACAUCUGCGUGGCGGCCAACGCGGCAGGCAAGAGGGAGAGCCGGGGUGCCCGCGUCUCCGUCCUGGAGAAGCCGACCAUUGUGCGGCACCCGAGCGACGCCGUGGCGGUGGCUGGCAGCACCGUGGAGCUGGGCUGCGGUGCCCAAGGUGACCCGGCGCCGCGGGUGCAGUGGCACAAGGAGCGUGGGGACCUGCCCUGGGGCAGGCACGAGGUGGACCGGGAGCACACUUUGCGCAUCUACGCUGUGACAGCCGCCGACGCCGGCACCUACGUGUGCACAGCGCAGAGCCAGCUGGGCACCGCCGCCGCCGCCGCCCUCCUCCACGUGGAGGAUCGGCUGCCAACGGGCCGGCGGGACGCUGCCCCACGGGACCUGCUGGCUGUGCGGCUGCACCUGGACAACGGCACAGCACUGCCCACCGCUGCUGUCCGGCUCCGCUGGAGGAUGCUGAUGCCGGUGCCGGUGCCGGUGUCCUACAUGGUGCUGUACCGCAGCCUGCUCCCGGCCACCACCCCUUGGGUCCAACACGACGCAGGCAGGGAGCUCAGCACCAUCAUCCCCGCGCUCCGCAGGGGCUACAAGUAUGAGUUCAAGGUCCGACCCUACACUGGAGGGACCCAGGGCUCGGACAGCAACAGCAGGCACCUCUGGAUACCUGAGGAAGUGCCCAGUGCAGCACCCCAGCAAGUCACCGUGGGCCAGGCUGAGACGGGGAACGGCACCGUGGUCGUGAGCUGGGAGCCACCUCCUCCUGAGGCCCACAAUGGCAUCAUCCGGGGCUACCAGGUCUGGUCAGUGGGCGAGGGCUGGCAGCGCCCCACCAACAGGACAGUGGAUGGAGGCACCCGCAGCCUGGAAACCCUCCUCCCACACCCCGGCGUCGAAUUCUGUGUCCAGGUGGCAGCUUUCAACGGCGCAGGGCUGGGGGUCCCCAGCAACACCACCUGUGGUGUCCUGGGGCUGACAGCGGGGAGCAGCGGGGUGGUCCAGGCACUGCGGCAGCCUGCCGUCAUCGCAGCUGCCGGCUCCAUGCUCUGGUUGGCCUUACUCGCCCUCCUCCUCCUCAUCUGCCAGCGCCGCGCCAGCCAGGACGCCGCAGCUCGCCGCAGGCUGGUGGCCGGUGACUCACCGUGGCUCGGUGGCCCCUGGAAACCCAGCUGUGCCCCCCGAAACCUCAGCAGCAGCAGCAGCCUCAGCAGCCGACUGCUGGGCAGUGACAGCAGGGACCCCCACCCCUCCACCCUCUCCCUGGAGCCGCCGAGCCUUGGCCCCCCCACGCCCCCCAACCGCAGCAGCCCCCGUGGGGGGCACCCACCAUCCCUCGGGGACACGGGGUGCUGCAGUGGGGGGCACCCCGGGGUGCACACCUCACCCAGCACCCCGAACCCAGCGCCCUGGGAGCACAUUCGCAAGAGAGAGCUGCAUCAAGUGCACAGCACCCCGGCGCUCACGGCUGGCCCCGGCCAUGUCCCUGUCACUGGAAGCGGAGGCGAGUGGGGGACAGAUUUUGGGCCAGCAGCCAGGUGGCCUCAGCGAAGGGGACACGAGGGUGACACCACUGCUUCCGUGAUGGACGGAGGGAAUGGGCAGCUGCCAGUCUUCAGCUCCCCAAAACCACGUCGGGGCAGUGCUUCGCUGGCCUCUGGUGUCACCGGGUCACCAGCAACACCCCCGAGACCACCCCAUGCCCGGCACCCACCAGUGACACGGUCCCCAGCCACCGUGUGCCCCAGGGACACAUCCCCGAUCACCAGGCGCCCCAAGGACCUGUCCCCAUCCACUGGGAUCCCCAGGGACACACCUCCACUCACCCAACGCCCCAGGGACACACCCCCGACCACUGAGAGCCCCAGGGAUGUGUCACUGGCCAUGAGGCACCCCCAGGACCUGUCCCUGGUCACUGAGCACCCCAAGGACAUGCUCUGGGCUAGCAGGCACCCCAAGGAUGUGUCCCCAGUCCCCAGAAAUCCCAGGGACAUGUCACCAGCCACCAAGCACCAGAGAGACACAGUCUUGGCCAUCAGGUACCCUGAGGACACAUCCCUGGUCACCAGGUGCCCCAGGGACCCAUUACCAGGGACCAAGUGCCAGCGGGACAUGUCACCAUCCACUAGGCACCCCAAGGACAUGUCCCCAGCCAGCAGGCACCCAAGGGACACAUCCCCAGGCACGAGGCUGCCCCAGGAGGUGUCCCCAGGCACUAGGUUCCCCAAGGAGAUGUCCCCAGCUACCAGGCACUGCAAGGACAAGUUCCUGGCCACUAGGUACCAUGAGAACAUGUCACCAGCCAUGAGGCACCCCAGGGACACAUCCCCAGUCACCAGACACCCUGAGGAGAUGUCACCAGUCACUGAGCACCGCAGGGACAAGUUCUUGGGCACCAGGUACCCUGAGGAUAUGUCACCAGACACUGGGCACAUGAGGGACACAUCCUCAUCCACUGGGCACAUGAGGGACACAUCCCCAGUCACCAGGCAUCCUGAAGAGGUGUCCACAGUAACCGGUCACCAGAGGGACAUGUUCUUGGGCACCAGCUACCCCAAGGACAUGUCCCCAGCCACUAGCCACACCAGGGACACAUUGCUGGAGACCAGGCACCCAAGGGACAUGUUCCUGGCUACCAGGUACCCCAAGGACAUGUCCCCAGACACCAGGCACCCAAGGGACAGGUCCCCAGUCACCGGGCGCCUCUCACCAGCGUUCAGCGACGGGGUCCUCACGCAACAGCAGGUGGCUGAGGACCUGGAGAUGGACCAGGACACCACCUGCCUCAGACCCCCGGCACCAAGCACGCCACAGUCCUUCUCACCACUGCACACCUACGGCUACAUCUACGGGCCACCAGCCUCCGAGCUGGGCGAGGAGGAGGGGGAGGAGGAGGAGGAGGAGGAAGAAGAGGAGGAGGAAGAGCGGACGGCGACGAGGGGCUCGCCAGGGGGGUCUCUGCUGAACGGCUGGGGGUCUGUCUCGGAGGACAACUUUGCCAGCGCCCGCUGCAGCCUCGUGAGCUCCUGCGACGGCUCCUUCCUCCUGGACGCCAGCUUCGCCCGCGCGCUGGCCGUGGCCGUCGAUGGCCUCUGCUACAGCCUUGAGGACACUGACGGGCCUUACAGGGGUCCCUCACCGCCACCAUCACCCUUGGAGAGGGUCUUCUCACCUGGGGUCCCAACCACCACCUGGGACUGGGGGACAACGCUGGGGGUCCCACAGAGAGUCAGGGCAGAGGUACCUCUGGGCAUCACACAGAACGGUGGCCAGGGGUCAGGGACUGGCAGCCCCUGGGCCAGGGCAGGUGGUGAGCUGGGGACAGGAGGGACAGGAGCAUGGAGGUCCCCAGGGUGCAGGAUGCAGCAAGGCCAGUCCCUUGGCUCGGCUAAAAUCCAGUUUUAUUAGGCAGUUCCCCAAAAAGGGGCUCUUUACUAGGAAAAGCCACCCACAAAGGGUGGGUGGCACCAAGGUGGGUGGGUGUCCCUCCUUCUCCAGUGUCCUUGCUCUUCCCAAGUGUUCCAUCCUUCCGCAGUGUCCCCAUCCCUCCUCAGUGUCCCCAUACUUUCCCAAAAACCUCAUUCCUCCCCAGCAUCCUCAUUCUUCCCAAGAGUCCCCAUCCCCUCUGUGUCCACAUCCCUCCACAGUGUCCUCAUCCCUCCCCAGUGCCCUCAUCCUUCCCCAACAUCCUCAUCCCCCCCAAUUACCCUUGUCCAGCCCAAGCACUGUUGUCCAUCCCAAGUGUCCUUGUCCUUCCUCAGGGUUGUCCCCCUGACCAUCCCCAGGCCUGCUGACCAUUCCCAUUUCUCCCAACUGUCCUUGUCAUUUCUAAAAGUCCAUGUCCUUCCUCAGCAUCCUUGUCCCACCUCAACCAUCCUUGUCCCUCCCAAGUAUCCUCAUUCUUCCCAAGCCACCUGUGCCUCCUCCGAGUGUCUUUGUCUCUCCUAAUCAUCCUCAUUCCCAGGGUCCUCAGCCCUCCUGAGCAUCCUCAUCCUUCUCUAAUUGUUUUUGCCCUAUGCACCAAGUGUCCUUGUCCCUUCCCACUGUCCUCAUCCCCCAGCAACUAUCCUCCUCGUCCCUUACUACUGUCCUUGUCCUUCCCAAGCAACCUUGUCCUUUCCCUGUGUCCUCUUGCUCCCAGGCAUCCUUGUCCCCCUGCCUUCCUUGUCACUCACCAGCACCCUAAACCAUCUGCAGUGUCCUUGUCCCUCCCUUGUAAUCUCAUUCCAACUGUCCCCAUCCAUUUCAAUCGUCCUUAUCCCUCACAGUCGUCCUUGUCCUUUCCCAGCACCCUUGUUCCUCCAAACUGUCCUUGUCCCCAAGAUCUUUGCCCUGCUUAAGCAUCAAUCUUAUCCCCCUCCAGCAUCCUCAUCCCUCCCCAACGUCCUCAUCCCUCUCUGAACAACUGCCUCUGUCCCCAGGCUCCUCCUCCUUCCCCAAUUAUCUUCCUUGUCCCUCCUGAGCAUCCUCAUCCCUUCCCAGGGUCCUCAUUCCUCAUGACUGUCCUUGGUCUCCCUGAGCAUCCUAAUCCUCUGAAUUGUAUCCUUGCGCUUCCCUACCGUCCUUGUCCCAAGGGUCCUCAUCCCUCCCCAAGUAUCCUCCUCCUUCCCUGAGCAUCUUUGUCCCUCCCCAGGGUCCUCAUCCCUUGUGAUUAUCCGUGUCCCACCCCGAGCACCCCUGUCCCCCCUCACUCUGACGCCCACCGGCCGCUGGCUCUGUGCAACCCUAUUUACAUGACGCCACCCAGAAAUUAAAGAACGUCCCUUCGUGUCCCCAA